CUCUACUCCUCAUCUUUUUUUUCUUUUUUUUUUUUUGUGUGUUUACCUACCACUUGAUUCACGUCAAAUAUAACUACAAUGGAUAACGAGUCUCGUGAAAUCGUUCGACUCUGGAGAGUCUACAGAACUAUCCAUCAGCUCUGUAACCAUAGAGGCUACCUCAUCUCUCAAGCUGAAUUGGACCAAGAUCUCGAAUCCUUCAGACAGACUUUUGCCAGCCACGGAAAAGUUGAUCGCAAUGCAUUGAUGUUCAUGGUUCAGAAAAAGGACGACCCUGCAGAUCAGAUGCUUGUUUUCUUCCCCGAUGAGGCUUCUGUCGGUAUCAAGACCAUCAAGAAGUACUGUGAGUUGAUGGUUGCAAAGGGUGUAGGACGCGGAAUUGUUGUUUUCCAGGAAAAGAUUACGCCAACGGCUGCAAAAGUUAUUAAUGAAGUCAGUCACAGCUAUCACCUUGAAUCAUUUCAGGAGGCAGAUCUGCUCGUCAACAUUACAGAACAUACUUUGGUUCCACAGCACAUUGUCCUCACUCCUGAAGAGAAGGAAACUUUGUUGAAGAGAUACCGCUUGAAGGAAACACAGUUGCCUCGCAUUCAACCCUCGGAUCCCAUUGCAAGAUAUUAUGGAUUGGCACGUGGACAGGUCGUCAAAAUUAUGAGGCCGUCUGAGACAAGUGGCCGUUAUGUUAGUUACCGUCUUUGCUAUUAAAAUAUGCAAAUAAAUGACAGUAACAAGGCUGGAUGACAGGAACAUGAAUAAUGAAGACGUUUGAAGGAGAAACAUAAGAAAGGAACAAAGGGAUAUUUCUAUUUUCUGGCUCAGAAUUAUAAUGAAUUGCCACUUGAGAAUCGAAUAUGAAGUUGCAUGCUUUUAUUUCAAACAAAGAAGAAAAAAAAACCCCCCAGCAUGGGAAAUACAACGAGCCAAUUGAGAUGUGCAUAAAUUCAUAAAUAAAUAAAUAAAUAAAGUGGACGGAUCACACACAAUAAAUAAC